AUGAACGUUAACAAGAAGCUUGGUCGGAUCAAGCAAUGGGGCAAAGAGAGGAUGGGAGGCGAGGUGAAGACCGACACAAAUGAAGAGUUCAAGGCUCUCGAGUCAGAGAUGCAGCUUCGAAGCCAGGGAAUGGACAAGUUGAAGCGUUCAACAGACGCUUACAUACAAUCCCUCUCGAAACGAGAAAAGUACCAGGACAAGGAACAGCAGCUUGCGGUAGGAUUCUUCGGCUCCAGCAUGGUCAGCCACGGCGACGACUUCGAACCGGACUCCGAAUAUGGACAGUGUCUGUCCACACUAGGCCGGGCGAAUGAACGCAUUGCACGCAUGCAAGAGACCUACUGCGCCAACGCGACGAGCAGCUGGCUGGAGUCGCUGGAACGAUCGCUGGUACAGAUGAAGGAAUACCAGCGGGCGAGGAAGCAAUUAGACUCGAGGAGGUUGGCAUACGAUACAGCAUCGACGAAAAUGCAGAAGUCGAAGAAGGAGGACUUCAGGAUGGAAGAGGAGCUGCGCUCGCAGAAGAUGAAGUAUGAGGAGAGUAGCGAGGAUGUGUUCCGGAGGAUGCUGGACAUCAAGGAGGCAGAGGUGGAGUCGGUGCAGGAUCUGACGAGUUUUCUGGAGGCCGAGUUGACCUACUACGAUCGAUGUCGGGAAGUGUUGAUGCAGGUGAAGCGAGACUGGCCAGCGUGA